CUUGAUAAUUUUAUUAAAUGAUCCGGAAGGCUGGUGGUACCAUCAUGUCCAAUUUAACGGUCGGCUUUCAGGUAAGUGAGCACCCAUUCGAUCCAGUUCCAUUUAACUUACCUCGUGAGAGGACCUCCAAAAUCAUGACCAAUAUUGGAACGAGGAUAUGUGCCUACACGUGAGUGUGCUCAAAAGGCUUUUAUAUAAUGCCAACUUCAGUCAGAUGGUCUAUUAUCUUGGUAAAUUAUUGGGGCAGAUUGGACGGCCCGAUGAUUCACGGAAAACGGAUCUUUUGAUGCGGGCUCAAAAGGGGGGAUUUAUUCAAUGGCACAUUCUGGGCACCGAGCAGAAGAUUAUAUUGUUCUCACACCGGGCUAAUUGCAUGGAUCUAUUACAACUCAGGGUUGAUCUCGAGCUAGAGAGCUUUCAAAUAGCUCAUGUCGGCUCUGGGCUUGAAAACGCCGGCUUUGUGAAUCGCUUUGAGAUGCAUGCGGCCGGCCCAGAUGAGCCUUUGCCGUGCUCAGAAAAGCGUACUAUUACCGCAACUCGGCCAAUUCUAUCCCGUCCGUUGCCGCCAUCCAUACCAAUGAGCGAAUCCAGAUUGUCAAACCCUGCAGAUAACAUCCCGCUCGAUGUCGCCCCUAAUUCGGAAAUGGGUAAUACACACGGUUACAGUCACUUUCCCAGACGUGAAGCAGAGCUACCUUUGGAGAUGGAUACAGUACUUAAUAAAAGCGCUAUAUGCACCCCUCCAGAUAAAGCUCUUCUCACCUCCUAUCCCGGCUUUGGAAUUGCGUCACCCGCAGAAACUGUUCCUCCACAUAUGCUGAAUAGAACAACCUGCUGCCAUCCAAAAUCCGACACCACAUGUUUUGAUUCUUCCCCUAGAGAGAGACUCACAGGAAUUAGAUCCGUUUUGCGAAAGCAAUCAGAUCCAACAAUCCUCGCCCUGCUGGAAUACUGCUGCGGAGCGAACUUAUCCGAAAAACAACUUAAGAAGAUAUUCGAAGCGAACAAAUGCUUUUCCUCGCAGGCUUCUCGCGAGCUACUAGAUAAGAGGGAUAAGUCCCUUGAUCCGGUUGCGAGGCGUAUUGGACUGAUAAUACUUUAUUUCAAUUACUACAAGAUCUUCAGUACCUAUAUUCUUGAUUACAUUCUGAACACCUAUCAUAACAAUCCUUGCAUAUCAAAGUCCAACAACGCGACGUUCACAGAAGCCCAAAUAAGCGUCCUCGUCACUUUAGUCUUGAAUACUCGGCCCGGCACUAUUCGAAUCUUCCAGAAAUUGGAGUCUGUGAUCAAGUUUCUUAUAUUCAGACAAAUCACACAAGACCUCCGCCAAGCGAUAUUAAAGGAUGAGACUACCGAGGACGAGGCGGCGGCGGCGUGCCAGCAGACUAAGACUUUCUGGACGAAAGUCAAUGCUAAACAUGUUGCGAGGGAAAAGAUGAAUAAACUCCUCGCUAAUGUGCUCUAG